AUGCUCAGAUCAAUCGCUAUUCUUGCUCUCCUCAUCGUCGCUUACUGCUCAACUCUUGCCAAUGCUGCCAGCGUUCAUACCAAUACAAAUCAGUGGAACAAAAGACCCCGUCAAUUUAGAAUGCAAAUUUUCUCCAGACCUGAUAGCAAAGGUGCCGUUCAAACCAUUCGUGCAACCAAUGGAGCUUCUUCUCCUUGUUGGAAUUUGGCAUCUAAAAGAGUGGGGUCAUACGAUGUAAACGACCCGUUAGUCAAAGUUACCUUUUACAGAUCAUCAGAUUGUAAAGGUGCUCCCUCAGCCACCUUUCAUCAAGGCCCUGUGAGCCGCAGCCACGUUAUGAUUAAAGCCAAAUCAGUCUCUGUUACUAAAGUCAAGGCUAUAUCACUUCGGGAUCAACAACAAACCUUGUAA